GCCUUGGUCAGCCUUCCUACAGUCUUUCUAUUUUUAAUUAAGAAUCAUGAUUUUCUUUUGUUGUUUACCAGAUGGUCUGCCAUUUGACAAGUCAUCAAAAGGUGGUUCCCACUCAUAUAAUUUGGACAGCAUUACUCUAAAGGUAAGUCCCGCAUAUAGAAUUUGGACAAUAGCAGCAAGAGUGCGUGAUGAACCAGAAUAAAAAAACCUACAGAUAUUUGGUUCCAUUCUAUGCUCUAUGUCUGUAUCAUAACCAUAUCUAUCGCUCAUACCCUUUCACGAAAGUGAGUGGAGAAGAAGACAGAAAAAGUGAAGAAGCCAUGGCAACAUCGAGUCCCACACGGUUCGUAAUAUUUCCAGCUAUUCUCUUCCUCAUUGUUCUCAUCCCUUUGUACCUGUCACCCAUAAAUCGAAACCAAAACAUCCUCCGCCAUUUGCUCCCUACGGAUUCAAACCUUUCAGAGACAACUCACCAAACCCUUCAAACCUCAUCGUCCCCAUCUCUGUUGCCGAAAAAUGAUUCUGCAGAUGGGGUUCCCUCAACUUCCACUGAUGGAGCCAGUGCAACUAACGAGAUUAGGAAGCGUUUCAGAGAGAAAAUGAGUCAUGUGGAGAGGAUUGAAGAAGGUCUGGCGAGAGCCCGAGAGGCAAUACGCAGGGCGAUUCAGAGGAGGAAUUAUUCUUCAGAAAAGGAAGAAACCUUCAUCCCAAGAGGAGACGUCUACAGAAAUCCGUAUGCAUUUCAUCAGAGUCAUAUAGAGAUGGAGAAAAGAUUCAAGAUAUGGGCAUACCGAGAAGGAGAUCAACCCCUAAUGCAUGACGGACCAUCAAAUGACAUCUAUGCAAUCGAAGGGCAAUUCAUGGAUGAGAUAGAAAGUGGAAAGAGCCAAUUUUUGGCUCGUCAUCCCGACGAGGCGAAUGCGUUCUACAUCCCCAUGAGUUUAACUAGAGUAGUUCAUUUUAUCUACGAGCCUCCACAUUACCAUGGUAAAUGGAUUCCACGAUUGGUCACAGACUAUAUCAACUUUGUAGCAGAUAAAUAUCCAUAUUGGAAUAGAAGCAAGGGGGCUGACCAUUUCUUGGUUUCUUGUCAUGAUUGGGCACCAGACGUUUCAGCUCUAAAGCCUGAUCUCUACAAGCAUUUCAUUAGAGCCCUCUGCAAUGCCAACACCUCCGAAAGGUUCCACCCCAUCAGAGACAUCUCAAUCCCAGAAAUCAACAUACCCCGCGGCAAGCUCGGUCCGCCCCACCUCGACCAGCCCCCCAACAAGCGUCCCAUCCUUGCCUUCUUCGCCGGGGGCGCUCAUGGUUACGUACGGAGUGUCUUGUUCAAGUACUGGAAAGAGAAAGAUGACGAAGUCCAGGUUUUUGAGCGCCUUCCCCGUAAUCGAAACUAUAGUAAAUCAAUGGGGGACAGCAAGUUUUGCCUGUGUCCCAGUGGAUACGAAGUCGCCAGCCCCAGAAUAGUAGAAGCCAUCGCUGCCGGCUGUGUGCCUAUGAUAAUUUGCGAUCACUACUCCUUGCCGUUCAGCGAUGUUCUUGAUUGGAGCAAGUUCUCCAUAUAUAUUACUUCCGAUAAGAUACCGGAAAUCAAGAAGAUUUUGAAAGCGGUUCCGACUGAGACGUAUUUGGAAAUGCAAAAGAGGGUGAAGCAAGUGCAGCGGCAUUUCGCGAUAAACCGGCCGGCGAGGCCCUACGAUAUGCUUCAUAUGAUUCUUCAUUCGGUGUGGCUGAGGCGCCUUAAUGUUAGGUUGCCAUCUUGAUAUUGUUUUUCUUCUGUCUUCAAUUUGUUGUUACAUGAUGUAUCCUGGAGUGGCUUAAUUGAAUUGUGAAAUUUUGAAUUUAUAAUUUGAGAAUAAUUGUU